CUCUCUCUCUCUCUCUCUCUCUCUCUCUCAUACACACAAAAUAAAAAUGAUAUAGUCCAAGCACUUGGAUUUCAAAUAUCCUCCAUUUCAAGGCGACCCUCAGAACCCUAUUAGCCAAGAAUACCAGAAACAUGACAACUACAAAUAAACACAAGUUAAUUCCCAAAUUCGACCGGAUGUUUUUCAUAUCCGAACAAGAUUUUAAACAGCCAGCAUAUAAUAAGAAACAUCUGCAAGGUAUAUAGUUGGACUGAAUAUACCUUCGGAAAGAAGAACCGGUUGUUUGGAGAAGCAUCAACAAAGAAAUUUGUCAGUUCGGGAACAUGGGAUUUGCCAACAACAUAGGCAAGUACCAGCUGGGGCGGACGAUCGGAGAAGGUACUUUUGCCAAGGUGAAGCUGGCACUCGACAGCACUAAUGGAAAGUAUGUUGCCAUCAAGAUCCUCGAUAAGCAUAUGGUCAUGGAAACCAAUCUCAUGAAUCAGGUGCAGAGAGAAAUUAGAACAAUGAAGCUUCUAAAUCACUCCAACAUUGUGCGCAUACAUGAGGUUAUUGGUACAAAGACAAAAAUCUACAUAGCAAUGGAAUAUGUAUCUGGGGGACAACUCUCAGACAAAUUGUUGUAUUCCAAAACAUUAAGUGAAGGGGAGGCAAGAAAACUUUUUCAGCAAUUGAUAGAUGCAGUGGACUACUGUCACAACAAAGGUGUAUAUCACAGAGAUCUAAAGCCAGAAAACUUGCUUUUGACCAGUAAUGGAGACCUCAAAAUAUCUGAUUUUGGACUUAGCGCAUUGCGUAAGCCUGGUGAUUUGUUGUCAACUAAAUGUGGUUCUCCAAGCUACGUAGCUCCUGAGCUACUUGCAAAUAAGGGCUAUGAUGGAGCAGCUGCAGAUGUUUGGUCUUGUGGAGUGAUUCUUUUCGAAUUACUUGCUGGUCAUCUGCCAUUUGAUGACUCUAGCCUGAUGAAUUUGUACAAAAAGAUAUCCAGAGCAGAAUACAGAUUUCCACAUUGGUUUACAGAAAGCCAAAAGAAGCUGAUCUCAGGAAUAUUUGAUCCGAAUCCCAAAAGGCGACUAACAAUACCAGAAAUUAUCGAAAAUGAAUGGUUCCAAAAGGAUUACAUACCUACAUGUGGAAAUGAUAGUGACGAGAAAAUCUACUUAGAUGAUGUCAAUGCUGCAUUUGAUUCAAUCGAGGAAAAUGUCAAGGAGACCAAAAUUCCCAAAUCAUCAAGUUUUAUAAAUGCAUUCCAAUUGAUAGCCAUGUCAAAUGAUCUGGAUUUAUCAGGUCUUUUUGAGGAACAGUAUAACAAUAAGCAGAAAAUAAGGCUUGGAUCCCAGCACACAAUCAAUGAAACCAUGAGGAAAAUAGAAGCUGCUGCAAUGGAUGUGAGUCUUUCAGUAGCAAGAACAAACAACUUUAAGAUCAAAAUGCAUGCGAAACAAGGGAUGACUAGAUGUUGUAGAUCAUAUAUUGAUAUGUCAGCAGAGGUGAUCGAAGUGGCUCCCGCACAUUGUGUUGUAGAAAUAUCAAGAUCCGCAGGGGAGCUUGGACCAUACAACGAAUUCUGUAAGAGUCUAACAAGUCAGCUGACAGAGGAAUUAGGUGAUUCAUCACAAAUGCAAGAGUCUGAGGUACACCACAUCGAAAGCAAAAGUAUUCAAGAAAGUGAAGGGUCCGAGAAGACAAAAUCCACGAGAAUCGAUGAUCACCGUGGUUAUUCAUCUUCUUGAUCAGUUUCUCUCGUCUCAAGGCCAAGUCUGAUGAAUCCAAAAGGAUGAUAUAUAUGUAGAGAAGUAAAUAUUAUCAAGCAUGUAAGGCAUGCUUAUAGACUACAAUGCCAAAGAAGAACCUGUUUUUUCAAAGAGUAUUUUGCUUGCUGGUCGAAAGAAGAGGAAAUAAGAGUAUUAUGCAUGUUCCAUUUGUUACUGGAGAGAAAAUAAUUACCCAAACAUAAAGUUGGAUUCUCACCAUUCUGAAUUUUCAUUGUACUAUUGAUAGGAAGAUUUAUCUUUGACUCCUAACAUGGAGCCAGAAAAUGUUUUUCAAUCCACCAAUUCAAUAGCUCUAGUAGUUCA